UUCAAACAUUCCAAUAAAGAAAUUUUAUACACAAAUUGGAUGAGGCUGCUUCAUCUUUAUUGAAACUAAAGUAUUUGCGAGUUAAAGCCUUCCCCUUUCAUCCAAUCCUUCUACUGUUCCUUUCUCUGUUUCAAAUUCAAAUCCUUCAUCUUUGCAACCGUGUCUUCUCUUUAGUUGAAGCACUCUUCUUUUCCUUUCUUUGUUAUUACUUCCCUUUUCAUCUUCCUUUAAACCUUUCUUUACCAAAAAACCCCACAAAAAAACAUGGCUUUGGUGGGUGAAGCUUUUCUCUCUGCUUCCAUUGAGGUGCUGCUUGAUAGGAUUGUUUCUGCCGAUGUUCUGAGGCUUAUCAAAGGAAAGAAACUUGAAGCUGUGCUGCUGAACAAACUCAAGCCAACCUUGAUGUCGGUGAAAGCAGUGUUGGAUGAUGCUGAAAAUAAGCAGAUUGCCAACCCAAAUGUCAAAAGUUGGACCGAUGAGCUCAAAGAUGCUGUUUAUGAUGCCGAGGACCUCCUGGACGAGAUCUCUACUGAAGCUCUUCGGAACAAGAUUGAAUCAGAAUAUCAAACUACUAAUAUGAAGCAGGUUAGUAGCUUUUUCUCUUCUUUGAAUCCUUUCAAAGAUGGGGCGCAGUCAAAGCUAGAGGAGAUCCUUGGGAGACUAGACAACCUACUGAACCAAAAACAGAUUCUGGGUCUGAAAGAAAACUCUGAAGGAGAAAAGGCAUUUCAAAGAACGCCUGCAACUUCUUUGGUGGACGAGUCUGAUGUUUGUGGUAGAGAUGAUGAAAAAGAAGAAAUAAUGAAGUUGUUGGAUCCUCAAAAUCUGCCUAAAAAUCAGGUAGAUGUGAUUCCCAUUGUGGGUAUGGGCGGGCUUGGAAAAACCACCCUUGCCCAAUUGAUCUACAAUGACCCCAGAGUGGAUAAAUGGUUUCACCCCAAAGCAUGGGUGUGUGUUUCAGAGAAAUUUGAUGCUCUCAAGGUAACCAAAACCAUUCUUGAAGAAACCAAAUGUAGCUGUGAUGGAAACCAGAACUUAAAUCAGUUUCAACUUAAACUCAAAGAGCAGCUGUUGGGAAAGAAAUAUCUAAUCAUUAUGGAUGAUGUUUGGAAUGAAAACUAUGCUGUGUGGGAGCAGCUCAGCAUUCCUUUCAAAUUUGGGGCUCAAAAUAGCAAGAUUAUUGUAACCACACGUAAUGAAAGUGUUGCCGACAUUAUGAGGACUAUUCCAACUUAUCCUCUGAAGACCUUAUCUAAUGAUGAUUGUUGGACGUUAUUCGCAAAGCAUGCGUUCGUUGGUACAACCCCAAGUACGCAUCCGGAUCUCAAGGCAAUUGGUGAAGCAAUCGUGAAAAGGUGUAACGGCCUUCCUUUGGCUGCAAAAACACUUGGAGGUCUCCUUCGCUGUAAACUAGACGCUGAUGAAUGGAACAAAAUCUUGCAUAGCAAUUUUUGGGACAUACCAAAUACUGCAAGUAAUAUUCUUCCAGCGCUAGCAUUAAGUUAUCAUUAUCUUCCUUCACAUUUAAAGCGAUGUUUUGCUUAUUGUUCAAUUUUUCCUAAAGAUUACGAAUUCGAAAAGGAAGAACUUAUUCAAUUAUGGAUGGCUGAAGGACUUUUACAGCUUUCGAAAGAUAAUGGAAAUCCAGAAGAACUGGGUAACGAGUACUUCAAAGAUUUGAGAUUGAGGUCCUUUUUUCAACAAUCAAAAGGAGAGAAAUCUUGUUUUGUCAUGCAUGAUCUAAUUAGUGACUUGGCUAAAUCUGUCACCGGAGAAUUCAUCUGCAGAUUGGAAGGGAGUGGUGGUUCUUGUGUAAUAACUGAAAAGACCCGUCAUUUGUCCAAUGUCCAAGAAUUUUAUGAUGUGCGACAAAAAUUUCAGAGCUUACCUAAAGCAAAAUGUCUGCGUGCUUUCCUAACUGUGAAGUCUUCUUCCUAUUGUAGUGUUAGCAAUGUGCUAAUGCAUGAUUUGUUGAUGAAAUCAAGCUUACGAGUGCUUUCUUUGGCUGGGUAUACAAAUAUCAAAGAAUUGCCAAAAGAAAUUAGUAACUUGAAGCAUCUACGAAAUUUGAAUCUCUCAAAAACUUCAAUCACAAGGUUGCCAAAUUCUCUGUGUACGGUGUAUAAUUUGCAAGCAUUGACAUUGCAUGUAUGCAGUGACCUUGUUGAGUUGCCGAGAGACAUGGGGAGAUUGAUCAACAUGCUUUAUCUUGAUAUUAGGGGAACAAAGUUAACUAGGAUGCCAGAAGGGAUGGGUAAGUUGAAAGAUAUUCGAAUCUUAACAGAUUUUGUUAUAGGUGAUCAAACUGGCUCAAGCAUUAAUGAGUUGGGAAAGCUCAAGCACUUACGGGGAAGACUUGCCAUUUCAAGACUGAAAAAUGUUGUAAAUGCCAGGGAUGCCAAAGAUGCCAAUUUGAAGGAUAAGGUUAAUCUUAAGGAGUUGAAGUUGACAUGGGAUGAAUAUUAUGAUAUUGCUGGUGACUCAAAGCAUGAUAGAGAAGUAUUGGAACAAUUGGAGCCUAAUACAAACUUGAAGCAUCUAGUUAUCGGAAGUUACAAAGGCAGGAGAUUUCCAGAAUGGGUGGGGCAUUUGUCCUUCUCAAAUAUGAUAUCUUUGGAGUUGCAAGAUUGUAAAUUUUGCAUAUCUUUGCCUCCGCUUGGCCAAUUAUCAUCUUUGAAAUCUCUCUCCAUUUCUGGGUUCAGGAAAGUUGUAAUAGUUGGCGAGGAGUUCUAUAGUAAUGGACAAGCUUCGACUAAACCAUUUGGAUCUCUUGAAAUCCUAGUGUUUGAGAAUAUGGCUGGGUGGGAAGAAUGGUUGUGUAGGAGUGAUGAAGCUUUCUCCCUUCUGCAAGAGCUACGCAUCAGGGAUUGUCCAAAGCUAAUCAAGUCAAUACCCAAACACCUCCCCUCUUUAAAGAAAUUGGUGAUUGCAAAUUGUGAGAAGCUUGAAUGUUUUCUCCCAAGGACACCAGGCAUUUGUGAACUUGAGUUAGAAAGAUGCGAUGCACUGCAAUUGGAGCCAUUGCCUUGUGGGCUUCGAAAGUUGGGCAUCAAAGGUUCGAGUAUGAAUGAUUCCAUAUUGGAACAGAUGUUGAAACACUGCACUCAUCUCGACGAGUUAAUUAUCUCUGGUUGUUCUAAUAUCAAAUCCCUUCCUGAGGAUAGUGUGUCUAUUACACUGAAAAAACUGAGGAUCGAGCAGUGCAAAGCUUUUAAUCAUUCCAAAAUCUUCUUGUAUACAUCCCUUGAAUCUCUGAAGAUAAAAGGUACAAAGUGUGAUCAACUGGAAUCUUUCUCAUUAGGACCGUUUCCUAUGCUAAAGCAUGUUGAAAUUUCUGGAUGUGAAGACUUGAAGUUUUUUAGUGCUGCUUUAGAGGGCUCUCACCACCAGCAUCUAACAUGUCUCAAUUCUUUGGAAAUAUAGUGGUGCCAAAAUUUGAAAUCUUUUCAAAUUGAAGAUGGAUUAGCUGUAACCAAUUUGACCCGGCUUACGCUUUUGGGUUGCCCUAGUUUAAAGUCAUUGCCAGAGCAAAUGCACUCUGUCUUUCCAUCCCUUGAGGAUUUGAAAAUACUUGUAUGUCCAGAAAUAGAGAGGGUUCCAAAAGAGGGUUUGCCCUCCAAAUUAAAAAGAAUUACAAUCGGAAGCAGUGAUAAACUAAUUGAGAGCUUGAUUAGGAAAAGGGAAUGGAGUUUGCAUACACUCCCUUCUCUUACAGAUCUCGAGAUCUCAUUUUCAGAAGUAGAGAUGGAGUGUUUUCCAGAUGAACAUCUGCUUCCCUCUUCUCUUGAAACUCUCUGGCUCUCUCAACUUCCAAAUCUAAAGAGUUUGGAGUAUAAGGGGUUUCAACACCUCACCUCUCUUUCCAGAUUGCUUAUCGACAGUUGUCCCAAGCUCCAAUCCAUGCCCCCAAACAUGCUCCCUCCCUCCCUCUCUUUUUUUUACAUUAGGAACUGUCCUUUGCUGGAGAAACGUUGUAAAAAGGAGAAAGGCAAAGAUUGGGCCAACAUUUCCCACAUCCCUGUCAUUGAAAUUGGGGGUGAAGUCAUGAUGUAGAAGGGGCAGUGAGUGAGAAAAGAAGAAGUGAAGAGGGUGGUAUUGCAUUCAUAUUUGGAUAGACAUGAAACAAAAAGUGUGAUGUGUAAGUUUGGUAGAAGUAGAUGAGGAAGUUAUGUUUAAUGUUGAAUUACAGCAUUCCAUUAUGGAAUAUCAACUAUCUUUUAUUAAGUAAAUUAUUUAUUGUUUUUAUUUAGUAUUAUUACCAUUAA